GUCGGAUUUGAUAUGAAUAUUCUGUGUCAUGUUAUGUUCCUGCUUCUGCUGGGAGUCAUUUCUUGCCAGAACAACAAUCGCAAUGCUAAGGCGGGUGGAAAACCUGCAAAGAAGCCUAACAGCCAAGCUAUAGAGGCGACCCAACAUGGCCCUGAAGAUGACCCAAACCCUGGGCUGGCAGGUGCUGCCGAUUCCAGUAAAGAAACAAAUCCCGGAGGUCGUGGCACCAGCCAACAAAGCGCAUCUGUCAACAAGCCUAUUGAUGAAAUGAAGCUGUACUUUCUUAAAAACACUUUAGUGACAUGCAACGACGGUACUGCCGCUGGGUUUUACCUAAAGGAGUUCAAAGGAAGUAAGAGAUGGCUGAUAUUUUUGGAAGGUGGUUGGUGCUGCUACAACAAAGAGACCUGCGAUUCCAGAUACAAAGCUAUCCCCCGACUUAUGAGCUCAACUGACUGGCCUCAAACACGCAAAGGGAGUGGUUUACUAUCAACACAAGCUGAGGAAAAUCCUCACUGGUAUAAUGCCAAUAUUGUGUUUGUUCCCUACUGUUCAAGUGAUGUGUGGAGUGGUAACAAAGCAGCGUCAAAAUCCAAACAGGGAAAAGAAACAGGUACAUUUUUCAGUGAUAAAUUUGAAUAUGCUUUCAUGGGAUCUCAAAUCAUUCGGGAGGUUAUCAAAGAUCUUGGCCCAAAAGGACUGAAACAAGCUAAAGUUGUGAUGUUGGCAGGAACAAGUGCCGGUGGAACAGGUGUGCUGCUGAACAUUGAUAAGGUGUCCAGUCUUCUGGAGCAGCUGGGUGCAGAUGCUCAGGUGCGCGGCCUUGUCGACUCAGGCUGGUUUCUGGAAAGUAAACAGCAAAAAGUUCCUGACUGUCCAGACAGUGCCUCCUGCACCCCUGUAGAUGCCAUAAAAAAAGGACUUCGGUUGUGGAGUGGUGUUGUUCCAGAAAAGUGCAAACAGCAGUAUAAAAGAGGCGAGGAUUGGCAAUGCUUUUUUGGACACAAACUCUACUCCUACAUAACCGCUCCGCUAUUUGUGGUGCAGUGGUUGUUUGAUGAGGAACAGCUACGAGUGGAGAACAUUUAUAUAGGCGGCCAGUCACUCUCAGAGCAGCAGUGGACCUACAUGCAGAACCUGGGAAAAGAGUUCAAAAACUCCCUCAAAGAUGUUACGGCCGUGUUCGCACCCUCCUGUCUUUCCCACACUUUGAUAACCAAAAGUAAUUGGAUGGAUUUCCAGGUCAAGGGGACGUCACUUUCCCGUGCUCUGCAGUGCUGGGACAAAAGUCUUCAGGAGGCCAAUAAGAACAGCAAAACCGCUCUGAAGGGCUGUCCCUUUCAUCUCAUCGAUAACUGUCAAUGGCCACAGUGCAAUCCAACUUGUCCAGCCCUGAUUGACCAGGCCACACAACAGGAGAUGACUCUGCUCCAGGUGCUGGCCAGUAUGGGCUUGGACCUGCAAAAGCUCGGCUUGGAUGUAAGCGGGGAUAUUUCAGCCAGCAUGGUUAGCAAUGGUGGCUAAAUUAGCAUUAGCGAGCGGUGGUGUUCUUAUCGACGCAGUUCACCUCAUCCAUACUUUAGAGAUUGUUCAGUGGCUUCCUCUCUGGCCACUUCCAGAGAUGGACCUGGGUUUGUCUAGUGAACACGUCACUGGAUUUCAGUACCGACAGUCUGCCUUUAAAACCAUGUUCUAUCAACAGGAAUGAUUUCGGGUUCUCCAAGUGAGCAACACUGAGUGCCUCUAGACACAGUUAAUCAAUGGUUAUCACAACUGCUAAAUAAUCUAAUUCAUCACUUCAGUAAGAGAACUAGUGUCUAAAUUCAAUGUUUUAGCUAAAACUGUCUGACAGCAUCAUGCUGUUCUAACCCUAACCUAAAAAGAGCUGAAUUUACUGUUAUUAAAUCUGAAGAAUGUACAAGUUGCAAAUCAACAAGGAUUUAGUAGGACGUUUGUCUUUCCAUCACAUUUUGGAGAAAAUCAGUGAGCAGUCUAAUAACUGCAUUUGUCUUUAGAAAAAAAGAAAAACAUGACAGGACAGCAGAACAUUGCAGUAACCACAUUUUCCAAACUUCCUGCCACAAUACUUAAUCUACGUUAUGUAUCUUCAUUAUUUUUUAGCAAGUGCAUGCUGUUUUUAACACAUUGUAGUCCAUUUUGCAGACGAGAGUCAUAAAAAUGGCAUACAUUGAUGUGAAUGGAUAAAUGUGGUAUCUGUUUAUUUUUGCCUUAUAUAUGCAUAAGUGUGCAAUUACAUAUUGACAACCAUCCUCAAAUACAAAAGAAAAACAUCUACUUUAAAUAUAAUUGCACAUCCACAUAAUUAUACUUCUUGCCUAUUGUCAUGAUCUGUAAUAUCCAUCAAGUUCUUUUGACAUUUAUAGUUUGUUUGAAUUCUUGAACACUAAUAAAAGACGAAUGGAAGCUUUUAUAUGUACAA